AUGUCCCAUUUCUCCGCCGGCGCAAAGACUCCAUCGUCGUCACCAUCCCCCCCAAACGAACUCGCCGUGGGCCUCAAGAAGAAACAGCACCACGUCUCCGACCCUUUCCCCCAACUGCAUCGCGACAUCGACGCUGUGCGCCGACCUGCCACGCCGCCAUCACGACCGGACUAUGGAACGCCGCUAGACACCUCUCCCAGCAACACGCCUCCUCGACGUCAGCGCAGUUCAUCGCGACCACUGUCCAUGGUCCAGACCUAUCAGCCGCCCCUCAUGGACAUCAACGAAGACACUAUUCCCGAGCUCCAGCCCAUCUUCACUCUGCUCAACAGCCACUCCAACAAGUUGUACCAAGAAGGAUACUUUCUCAAACUCGACGAUCAAAAUACACAGGGCAAGGCGAAUGCGGACCGAACAUGGACCGAGUGCUUCGCACAGCUUGUCGGCACGGUCUUGUCGUUGUGGGAUGCGGCGGAACUCGAUGCGGCGGGCGAGGACGGUGAGGUCUUGCCCAAGUUUAUCAAUCUCACGGAUGCUUCAAUCAAGAUGAUCGAAUCACUCCCGACUCGUUCCAACGAUGAGCAGCCUCUGCAAAACAUUUUGAGCAUAUCCACUGCUGGCAGAAAUAGGUAUCUUCUCCACUUCAACUCACACCACUCUCUGGUUCAAUGGACGGCAGGCAUCCGACUUGCCAUAUUCGAGCACUCGACGUUGCAAGAGGCUUACACCGGCGCCUUGAUCGCGGGCAAGGGAAAGUCACUCAACAACAUCAACGUCAUCAUGGAGAGAUCGCGGAUGAAGUCGGAGCAGUGGGUCAGGGUACGUUUCGGUGCCGGUGUGCCGUGGCGUCGCUGCUGGUGUGUUGUAUCCCCUCCCGACGAGAAGGAAUACCAGAAGCAGCAGAAGGAACUCAAGAAGAGGUCUGCCUAUGACCGGUCCCACGUCCCCGUUCUCAAGGGAGACAUCAAGUUCUAUGACUCGAGAAAGGACGGGAAGAAACAGAAAAAGGCUCAGCCAAUUGCCACCAUUACCGAUGCGUACUCGGCCUACGCGAUUUAUCCCCAGGCAAAAUCCUUGAUUGACGCUUCGACAUUGCUCAAGGUCGAAGGUCGCGUUACUGUCCACUCUGAUCCUCCCUCAUCCACCGAAGGCUUCAUCUUCAUCAUGCCCGAGGUUCAUCCCGCCGUCAGCGGUUUCGAAAUGCUGCUGCGCUUCUUAUUCCCCACCUGGGACUCGUUUGGUCUGUAUGGCCGACCCGGUAGACUGGUUGCAAGUGUCCUUGACCCGCGGUCACUCAUGUUCGCCAUGCCCAAACACAAACGCUACGGAUAUCUUGAGGUCCUCGACGUGUCGACGCUCAUUCUUGACGAGGGCAGCACGGCCUGGUCAGAACGAGAGUGGCGUAAGCGACUCAAAGACGCUACCGGCACCCGAAUGAAUGCUUUGGAUGAUGGUUCCAGAUCUCAUUCUCGUAGCGCGAGUCGUUCCAGUACAAGGCACAGCUCUGGCAGUGGAGGCAGGCCCAAGGUUGGGUUUGCUGAUGAUGGCAACGUGCUGCCGCCUGGUCGUGAGCCCAGCCAUAUGCGUAACAUGUCAGAUCCAAACCUUGGUGCUACACAGCGACGUGAUGCCAGAGUUGGUGGCUCACCACCACGGCACCAACUUCCUCUCCGUGGAGGUCCUCCUGAUCAAAUGAUGCCCCAGCCCGGCAGCUCUGAUGAGGAACCAGGUGCAUCUCCGCCGCCUCCCAUGUAUAAUCUGGAAGCUAUGAGAAGCCUUCAGACUCCUGAGCCAGUUUCACGUCCUCCAGCCUUCAACCAUGGACCGCAAGCUAGACCCACAAGCAAGGCGUAUCAAUCUCCUGAGCUUCGAAGGGCGAAUAGUCGGCUCUCAAGCUCGACGCUUGCCCAAAUGGCCAAGGCUGGUGGUAUGGCGACCAAUGCGCAAGGCGGCCGUCCACCAGCCCGCAACAGAGAUGGUGACGACGGUGCGUCUCACGAACCCGCAGUCUACACACAAGACCUCUCACUAGGAAGUCGGACUAAUAAUUGUAACCUUGAUGAAGGCCCAUAUUCAGGAAGCCAGGAACAAUCGCCCGCGACGAAUAUGUCAGCUCCAGCUCUUCCAACUGUCGACAUUCCACCAAACCCACACGCCAGAGGCCCCAUGGGGCCUCCAAGUCCCUACGGCCAGAAUCCCAAUUCACGUCCUGGCACCUCCGACGGGCGUCGAUCGCCAUAUCCCCCAGGAUCGGGCCCGCCACGGCCAGCGAAGGCUCCGCAGCAAGGCGUCCGACCAGACCAAACUCGCUCUCCUCCCGGACCUCCGGGGCCACCGGGACCUUAUGGUCGUGGACGACCCCCUCCAGGUCAAGGACCAGCAAACGGACCUCCUGGCCAGUAUGGUCAUUAUCGACCGGGACCAGGUGGACCACCGCCGCCGCCGCAUGGCGGCCCCGGCGGGCUUCCCCAUCGAAAACCGGCGCCGCGACAGACCGACAGCAUCACCCCCGAUCACAUCAUUGACCACUACACCUCUGACCCCCCGUACCGUGGCCCUGCGCCCGGGUACGGCUCAGGGCCAGUCCCACCACCUCACAACCAGGGCCCUGGACCUUACGGCCCCAAUGGGAACCGCGACGGAGAUCGACCUCGUGCCGGUGUCAUGAAGACUGUAGGAGGUGCGGAACCCCCAUUGCAGAAGAAUUCAGGAUUCAAUAUCCCAGAGGACCUGCUGGACCUGUUAUGCGUGCUCAGCCGCAAGGUCACCAUGCCUCGGAGCCGAACUCGAAUGCCCAAGGACCUCGCCCAGGUCACGGGAGACAGGAAGCCAUGGACUCCGGCCAAAGAACUAUGGCUUGGCAGCCCGUGGUACGUCCAACAUCGAGCCGCAGCAAACUCGCCGCACUAUGGCGGCAACCUCGGAGUAGGAGGUCCCGGAUCAAUGGGUCCCAGGACUCCCAGCCCUCAGCCGCCGUAUCCCGGCGGCGCCGGGCGCGGAGGCAGUGGCCGGGCCCCCCCCGAAUAUGGAGGUCCUCCUGGAAGCUACCACUCUCGACCUCUCGGCCCUCCGUCGUCCGGCAUUCCUCCCCAGGGACAAUACAGCCAGGGCCAAGUUCCUCAUCCUGCUCCAUAUCAAGGUCGAGCUUUUUAA